AUGUAUCUAUUUGCAGUUAUUCCUUUUUACUCACAUGCUUGGUCUGUUACUUUGUUCAAUGGAUUGAACUUCUCUGAAUGUCAUGAACAAGUCAAGUUUCACUUAGGUGUGAUGGAUCUUGACUUGGCUUUGCUAAAUGAAAAACCUACUGUUAUUACUGAUAAGAGCAAUAAGGAUGAAAAUCUUUUCAUCAAUCAUGGAAAACACUCUAACAUAUUGAGCCUUAUGUUCAUGCGAAUGAAUGUCGCUAGCAACACUAAGAGUUCUAUUUCACAAACAGAAAGUGUCAGGAAAUAUCUGAUGUUUGUGAAAGAACGUUUUCGUUCUACUGAUAAGUCUCUCGUUGGUAUACUAAUGACUGAACUGAUGACCAUGAAGUUUGAUGGGUCGUGUAGUAUGCAAAAUUAUAUCAUUGACAUGACUUGCAUUUUAGCAAGACUUUGGACCUUGGGGAUGAAAGUGGAUGACACCUUCUUGGUUCAGUUUAUUCUGAACCCAUUGCCUCUUGAGUAUGGACAAUUUUAA